AUGGGGGCCAUUGGCACACUCAUUUUUGGUGUUUUCCUGUGGCUCACUGUCCCCUGGGCAUGGAAACUCUUCCAAUACUCUCCUCACUCGAAUAUCGUGGUCGACCUGGACAGCACCAGCAACAAAAUUUACCCUCUCAUCGGACCUGAUAGCCGGUUUGAUGUGGCCUUGACGGUGUGGGUACGCAAGUCCAACAGCGAUACAGCACACCCCGAACGGUAUCUCCCGGAAUGGGGCGGCGGUGAUCAGGCCAACAACUCGGAUGCGCACCACAUCGCACUCUACGGACCCACGACGCUGGCCGACGCUCUAUACUUACCCGAGGAGGUCGCGGUCUACUCCGACAUUAUUUUUGAAGACUUCUCCCUCGCCAGCAAACACCGCGAGGUCACAGUCGACUUUAAACUUCCUCUCAAGAGACUAUUCUCGGAUCGCCUCAUCAACAUCAAUGACGUCAGGGCUGCGCUUUCACUCGUUCCUCGCGACCCCUCUUUCCUGGAGCACGUCGCCAAUGUCACAACAGUCCUUCCUGACGGCAUUGCCAUGCUGCCAAACUUGGACCCGGCCCUCAACGUUGAUGGCCGUCUGGGCGAGCCUGGAUCGGUUAAACGUCUCGCUCUCGAGCGGCUGGCCACCUCCGUCCCGCUUGUCCGCUUCUCGGAAGAGUUCCGCGACACCGACAAUGCCACGACAGUCAACGAGGAAGAGGGCGAAGAAAAGGACAAUACUUUAGGCGACAUGGACAGUGCAGGCCCCAAGGGCAAGCUCCACCCCUUCCUGCGCACUAGGUCACACUUCUACCUCGUUAACGAGACUCGCCCCCUCAACUCUGACAUGUUCAAAAAAUACGUGUCAGCCAUGAAGCGGGACGCUUGUGUGCAUAAGCACUUUGGAAAACGCGUGGCAUCGCGCUUCUUCUGCGACACCUCCGAGACUUAUCGCUCUAUUGGUCACUUUGGCACCAUGUUUGACCUCGACCAGGGAGACGGAGCCGACACUGGCCUGGCAUACGGCCCGUAUCUUGGAACCACCCCACAUGGUCACUACAAGAACAUGCGCCUCCCGGAUGACCUGGACGCAGUGGAUGUCAAGUUGACCGUCAUGUUGUCCUCAUACAAGCCCUGGCGUCUCGCUCUUAUCAACGGCUUGACGUUGGACCAGUACCCAGACGCGCACCUUCACAACGCAACAGAAGUCGAGCUACAGGCCAGUGAGGACGCCUGGAGGAUGAUGCUCGCCCCCGUUGAAGGAACAAAGGCGUGGACGCGCUUCGUCUUGGCAACGAUCCACUUUAUGGGACUCGGCCUUCUCGUUAUCUACUGGUACACGCGCCAAACGACAACAGGCAUCAGCCAAACGGGAACCAUGAUUAGCGUCAUGGGCACUGUGCUGGUUUCCGUGACUGAAUUUGUGUGGGAAGACGAGUCCGUCUGGUACUUUGUCGUGUUCAGUGGGUUGCUGGGAAGCGGUGUGGCCCUCCUGCAGAUCCGCGCGGUGCAGCCCUUCACAAUCGCCAAGGAAGGAUCCAAGUGGACGAUUCGCCGGUGGCGCUGGACCCAUCGCGAGCGUGCCACAAGGCGUCUUGACCCAUCUUGGCUGUAUGCUCUGGGGGUGUUCCUCGUGACCUUUAGCGUGUUCCUCAUAUGCGGCAAGUACGAACUCAUGCUUAAAUCGCCAAGCAUCGACCCUGCUGCCGAUCCUACCCCUCGCCCCCUGCACUAUGCGAUCACCGUUUACGCUGCAGCGGAGUCCACUGCCAUGAUACUGCAAGCCAUUGUCAACGCACGUUCCGGCACCUUUGCUGGUUCUUAUGCACUCGGCGCCGCCUGUCAAGCAGGCAUCAUGCUCAUCGAGCUCGUUUACCAGACACCAGCUGUGGGACAGCGCUUUGACACGGAUGGCCUUGCCCUUCGCCACGCCAUCGAGAUGGUGAUUGCAUUCUUUGUCACAUACCAGGCUGCAACCCUGCCUCGCGUUGAGCAGGUGAUCCCAGACGAGGAAGAGUGA